UUCCCUUUUCUUUAAAUUUGGAUGAAAGCAUGUCAAACAACAACAAAAAGGUCCUCUCCAUGCUCGUCUGCUACUUCCAUGCUGACUUGAGGAAGGUGAUGGUGGAGCAUUUGGGGUCCUUAGAGGUCGUGAAGGUGAACGCUGCCAACCUUGAGAGGUUGCUCUGUGAUUUCUUCAAGCAAAAUAACAUCCCUUGGAAAAAUCUUGUGAGCAUGUUGAUGGACUCAUGUUCCGUCAUGAGGGGCAGCAAGACCGGUCUUGAGACAAGGAUCCACCAGUACUGUCCAACCCUGCUAGACAUUGAUGGAGACUCCUGUCACCAUAUCCACAAUGCAGCAAAGAAGUUUGCAGAGCCCUUUGACCACUACCUGGAGCAGCUGUUCAGUGAUCUCCAAGUAGACCAUCAAUGGUGUCCAGACCAGGUGAUGCACCUCAAGGAGGUAUGUCUCAUGUUAGAUGUCCCCGCCUCUAGCCCUCAAAGGGGCUUUGUACCACAUCGUUGGCUGUCUGCAUAUGAUGCCAGCAUGGCGACCCAUGCCAUGAUGCCAGCAUACAAGGUCCUCUACUUUGGCUACCUCUCCACUGCAGACAAGGAGCUGUACAGAGAGCCCUUGGAACUAAUUUACACAAAGUACAGUGUUAAUCAGGCGGCAAGAGCCAGAAUCAGGACGAUGCAUGAGGAACUCAACCGUAAAGGCAUGACUCCGCAAGGCCGGGAAAGAAAAAAGAGGGUCUGUCAGAAGCUGUGGCAUGAGGAGACAACAACAGUACUACAACUCAGUAUCUACAAGGGCCCUGUCUGCUCUGGACCCACUUCUGAGAGGCCACUCACAGGCAACCAUACAGCUGAAGAGGCUGAGUGGUAUGCUGGGGCACCUCUUGCCAGCAGGUCACGACGUCCAUAGAGAGCUCCUGCUGUUCAAUGUUGACCUGAGCAUUCCCAGUUUCAAGGAGGGAGAUAGCAUGGUGGAGUGGUGGGGUACUGUCUUUGACAAGCCAGACAAGUAUCCAACCCUCAGUGCUUUGGUUAAAUGCUGCCUCUCCAUCUUUCAUGGACCAAGAGUGGAGUCCUCUUUUAGUUUGAUGAACAAUGUAAUUGAUCAAAGGAGUGGCAACAUGAAUGUAUCGACAUUUAAUGCAAUCCAGACAGUCAAGUACACCCUACAGUCCAGGAAGAAGACAGCUGUGGAGCUCUUCAGAAGGGAGGAUGCAAAGUUUGGGGAGGUGGACCGAACACUCUGCAAGAACAUCAACUCUGCAGCAGCCACAUACACAC